CAUUUAUACAUAUUGUUUUUAUUUAACAAUAAAAAUACAAAUAAAAGAGCUGCAGCACAACUACAAUGAAAAUCAAAGAGCUGCAAAAGACGGUGAACAUUGCCUGGUCGCCAGCGCAGCAACAACAAAUAUUGUUAGCUGCCGGCACAGCGGCUCAGCAGUUCGAUUCAAAUACAAAUGCUACAUUAGAGAUCUAUUCGCCGAGCAUUGGUGAUGCUAGCUAUGAUUUGGAGCUCAAAGCUAGUGUGCCCAGCGACUACAAAUUUCAAAAGCUGAUUUGGAGUCCUCAUGCUACGCAUGCAAAUGGAUUGAUUGUGGGUGGCUGUGAGGCAGGCCACAUCAAUGUCUAUUCGGCUGCCAAGAUGCUGGCCAACGAGGAGUCAUUGGUCGCAAGGCAGGACAAGCACACGGGCGCAGUUAGUGGCUUAGACUUUAAUCCAUUUCUAAACAAUUUGUUGGCUUCGUGUGCGUCUGAAUCGGAGAUUUACAUUUGGGAUUUGAACAACCCAGUUACUCCACUCAAUCCGGGAGCUAAAACACAACCACUGGAGGAUGUGAAGAAUGUCGCUUGGAAUCGGCAAGUGCAACAUAUCUUGGCAUCAGUGUUCAGCACUCGUUGUGUCAUUUGGGACUUGCGCAAGAGUCAGCAGAUCAUCAAGUUGUCCGAUACUCAGUCAAGGGUUAGAUGGCAUGCCAUUGAAUGGCACCCGGAGGUGGCCACCCAGGUCUGGCUGGCCUCGGAAGACGACCAGGCGCCGGUGGUGCAGCUGUGGGAUUUGCGUUAUGCCACCGCUCCGACGAAAACCUAUCAGAUUCACGACCGUGGAGUUUUGGGCAUGUCCUGGUGCUUGCAGGACACCGACUUGAUGGUCUCUUGUGGCAAGGAUAAUCGCAUCUACUGCUGGAAUCCCAAUACUAAGAUACCUGAAGGCGAAAUCCUUUCAGAGGUGGCCACCACAGCCUCUUGGUAUUCAGAUGUGCAGUUCUGUCCACGCAAUCCAGCGUUAAUAGCCAGCGCCAGUUUGGAAGGUGCUGUUUCAAUAUACUCCCUCAAUGGUGGCACACACCAGCUGGUGCAGACAUCGGAGAAGAUUGCCGACUCUUUCCCAGGCAUGGAUCAAUUUGCUCAAGCUCCGCUGCCUCAGCAGGCGACGCAAGUUGUCUACCAUGAUUUGUCGCGCGCACCCAAGUGGAUGAAACGCCCAUGCGGUGUGUCCUUUGGUUUUGGUGGAAAGUUAGUUAGCUUCAAUAAUUUAUCGAAGACGGUGACGGUAUCCCAAUUGACCACUGAGCCCGAACUCGUGGAACGUGCCAAUGCUCUGGAAGCGUCCCUGGCUGAGGCUGACUAUGCCGAGUAUUGCAGGCAACGAGCAGACAAGUCUGUCGAUCAGCAUGGCCGCUACAUUUGGUACUUCAUCAAAGCAAACUUUGAAUUGAACCCAAAGGAAGAAAUGCUCAACCUGUUAGCCUACAAUAAGGAGGACAUCGAUGGCAAAUUUACCAAGUACAUCAAAGAACCCGAAGAGAGCAACUCACAGUCUGACGUGGAUACGCUCACGACUCGCAUAUCAACCCUUACACAUAGCGAUUCAUCUGAGGUUGAAUGCGAUCAAAGCACCAACUCAAGCACCGAUAAUUCGCAAACGAACGACAAUAAAACUCCAUUUGAUGGCUCGAUCGAUCAGCAGACCUUGAAUGAUUAUGGAACUGCAGCCAGACCGCAAUUUAAGAUUCCCAGCGGCGAUCAUACCGACAGCUUGAUUACGGAGGCCAUACUCACCGGCAAUGUGGAGGCAGCUGUCGAGCUCUGCCUGGAGGCGCAGCGUAUACCAGAGGCUUUGAUCAUCGCCUCGACAGCGGGCAUUGAGACUCUGACACGCACGCAGACACGUUAUUUGCUGCAGCAAAAGAAUGAAUUGUCGAAUGUCAUCUCGGCCUUGGUCACGCGCGAUUGGCUUGACUUUGUCAAUCGCUGCACCGUGGACUCUUGGAAGGAAGCACUGGUUGCUGCCCUCAAGCAUAGCGAGCGCAAAGUGGUGGACAUAUGCGAGAGACUGGGCGAUCGCCUAUUAAACGAGUCCAGCAGCAGCAGCAUCGAGCUGACACGCAAUGCCAUGCUGUGCUAUAUCUGUGCCGGCAGCAUUGACAAACUGGUGACUGCCUGGUAUCAGCUGAAGCAACUGGAGCAACAGAAUCAGAACUACAAGUUGAAUACGAACGAGCUGCAGGAGUUGGCCGAAGUGGUGAUGCUGCUGACCAAGUCAUUGGAACAGCAGGGAAUUGCUGUGGACCUAGCCGGCAGAUUUGCAGGCUUCAUAUCGGAGUACAGUGGACUGCUCGCCUCCCAGGGCGCUCUGACCGCUGCUCUGCAGUAUAUAACCACAUUGAGCAGAGCUAAUGCGGAUAGCGAGGAAUUGAAUGAGCUGCGUGAACGUAUCAGCAAAGCGGUUAGUGUGGAUCAGGUGCAGCCUACAGCAGCAGCAACGGCAGCUCCUAUGGGCUAUAUGCGCCAAAUGGAGCCUCGUGGCUCCUUCUCAAACCCAGCGAAUUCAAUGCUCUAUAAUCCAUACAAUCCAAACGCUGCUGCGACAAAUGGCAGCUGGCAACAACCAGCAGCACCGCCGGCUCCGGCCCCCUUCCAGCCAGCUCAGCCACCCACACAGAUAUUCAAUCCGCCUCAAAUGAAAGCUGAACCGCUAACGCAUCCGCCGCGACCACUUAGCAAUGCCAGCUCCUCAAGUGGAGCUCCGCAUGCUGCAGCUACACCAGCAACAGGACUUCACUCGCGAUCUAAAUACGUUCUGGAUCCUUCGGUGGCGGCAUCAAACAAUCCCUAUGGCAUGGCCUACAAUACAGUACCAGCUCCAGCAGCUAUUCCCGUCUCGCAGCCGGCUCCAGUGCCGCUGAUAAAUAAUAGCAGCGCCUUCAACACCAAUCCUCUAUCUUCGGCUCAGCAAUAUAAUCCGACUCCAUUCACUGGGGCCCCACAAAAUAAUUACCUACCAGGUGUUGCACCCAUUGAGACAAUGCCGCCUGCCGCUGCACCGCCACCAUUGGUGCAGAAUAUACAACGUAAUCCAACUCCUCCACCCGGCUGGAAUGAUCCACCAGCCUUGAAAUCCUCCCGAGUGCCCAAGCCACGACCAGCAACAGAAUCUGCUGCAGCCCCCAUAUUGCAUCCAUUAUACGGCAGCGAUCCCAAUCAAAAUCAGAGCAGCUAUAUGGAUCCUAAUCAAUAUCAGGGUGCUCCACCUUCUGCUACUUCGUUCUACAAUCCUGCUGUCAAUAAUAAUCCACAGGCUUUUCCGCCACAGCAACAGCAGCAAAUGAAUUUCCAGCCAUCGGCGGUGCCUAAUCAACAACAAUCACAACCGCAACAAUUCUGGCCUGGGCAGCCACAACAACAGCAAUCGUUCGGCUAUACCGAGCAACCAGCUCCGGUACAGGAACAGCGUCAGCCAGAACCCGUUAAGGAGAAGCCUCCACUGCCAGAGGAGUAUAUUUAUUUGCAAACCGUUUUGGAGGAACUGAAAAACCAAUGCUUGAGCGCAACUAAUGAUGCGCGUACCAAACGAAAAUUUGUGGAUGUAGUGAAACGCCUGGAAAAUCUCUAUGAUUGCUUGCGCUACGAACGGCUCACAUCAGGAACGGUGCAACAACUGAAUCAAAUUGUGCAGUUCAUACAAAUAGCCGAUUAUAAUAAUGCCCUUGCGGUGCACCAGCGCAUCGCCUUUGGCACGGACUUUGCUCAGUGUGCUGGCUUCAUGCAGGGCCUGAAAGUCUUGCUACAGUCGGCAUCGGAAAUGAACCUGGUUCUGCGCUAAAUCAAAUUCACCAUUAUAUAUGUUUGUUCUCUAAUUUCAUUUUGUGUGUACUUCUCGGCUUUUAGUUGAUGCAGUUAUAAUUAUUAUAU